UAGAGCCGGCGUCCUGGCCAAGUGAGGACGGCAGCAGCGCGCCGCCGAGCCCAGUCGCUGGUUCUGUCGCUGCUACCGCCGCCCCGCGCGCCGUGACCCGAGACCCCAGACCCCGACUCCUUUUGGCCUGGCCCGCGCGCCCCAGGCCCGGCCCGGGCGGCGCGACGGGAGGAUGAGCGGCGGGCGGCGAAAGGAGGAGCCGCCUCAGCCGCAGCUGGCCAACGGGGCCCUCAAAGUCUCUGUUUGGAGCAAGGUGCUGCGGAGCGACGCGGCCUGGGAGGACAAGGACGAAUUUUUAGAUGUGAUCUACUGGUUCCGACAGAUCAUUGCUGUGGUCCUAGGUGUAAUUUGGGGAGUGUUACCUUUGCGAGGUUUCUUGGGAAUAGCAGGGUCAUUUGGAUCAUUUUUUACACUGCCAUCCACUAUGACUGAUGGUAUACAGAUCCUACCCGCUCUCUGUCCGGUCCAAAGGACCCUCCUAGUUACAGCACAGAAACAUGAUUGUAGGGGCGCCCCAGCCAUGUGGAACCUGAAAGACCCAUGUUUCUUGGACCAAGAAUCAGCGUGUCGGGCGUCAGUGUUUUCUGCAAGGGUUGUGAUCUGAAACUUUUUAAAGAACCAUCCACCUUUUGGGGAAGCAUUUCUGAAUUGUCCAUCACCAACCAUUUCUUCUUGGAUAUCAUCAUGAAACACCUGUUUGCUGACUGGAGCUGUCGUUCAAUUUGAUGCACCUCUGGAUCCGGAUGAAACAUUGUCUUCCUCACUUCUCCAUCACGUGUACAGUUUUUAAACUAUCAGUGGCAUUUCAAGUCUUCUGAAAACAGUAUGGCAGUAUGUGCGUGGUCCAUAGCACAGUACAGGCACCAUCUAAUAACAAUUUACAUUGUAGAAUGUUUUCAGAUACUUGAAUAAAUCAAAUCUUUAAUUGAGAA